GGGCGGGUCGUCCGUCGUGUCUGGCUGCGGGCACCGUGUGGGCCGCUGCCCACCACUGCGUGUUCGGCUUACAUUGAAUUCACACGCGCCCUUUUGGCAAAUUCGUUGAGUUCGCUUCCUACGCCAGAGCUGCACAUUAAAGAAAGCAGAGCCAGCAAGAAGAAUUUGAACUUUGUAUUAGCUGUACCAAAAAAGUAAAAUGAAAAGAAGGCUGUGUUCUAAACUUACUACAUCCAGACUGUUGUCGUUUAACCUACGCAUGAAAAAUGUUUAACCAGCCGUUAUUAUUUACUGAAAUCCUCCGUGCAUCCCCGGAGCACAUCUUAAUUGGACUCGUUGUGGGACAAUUGUGCAAUACCUCCUUGAAGAUAACAAAAACCGGCCUCCCUGGAACUUUGGGUGCAUUUGGAGGAGGCAAAGUAAAUGCUUGAGAGAUGCAAACAAUUGGAGUGGCAGAUGUAGUAAAUUAGGUGUGGGGAAGUGAGUUUUAAGGAAAGACUUGAAGGGGAAGAUCCAGUGAACCUGUGGGGCACAGGAGAAGAGCCAACAGAGAGUAGACAGGCCUCUGCUGGAGCCCCUGCUGUGGAAAGGACACUUGGAAGGAGAAACAGUGAUGCUCCUUAGCCUGGACACAGUGGCGUGGACAGAACAAGCCAGGAACGCUGCCAUGUUCUCAGAGCAGGCAGCACAGAGGGCCCACACUCUGCUCUCCCCACCAUCAGCCAGCAAUGCCACCUUUGCCCGGGUACCUGUGGCAACUUAUACCAACUCCUCACAGCCUUUUCGACUGGGAGAGCGCAGCUUUAGCAGACAGUAUGCUCAUAUUUAUGCCACCCGCCUCAUCCAGAUGAGACCCUUCCUGGAGAGCCGGGCCCAGCAGCACUGGGGCAGUGGAGUCGGAGUGAAGAAGUUGUGUGAGCUGCAGCCUGGGGAACAGUGCUGUGUGGUGGGCACACUAUUCAAAGCCAUGCCACUCCAGCCCUCCAUCCUGCGGGAGAUCAGCGAGGAGCACAACCUGAUCCCCCAGCCUCCUCGGAGCAAAUACAUCCACCCGGAUGAUGAGCUGGUCUUAGAAGAUGAAUUGCAGCGUAUCAAACUGAAAGGCACCAUCGAUGUGUCGAAAUUGGUCACAGGAACCGUCUUGGCAGUGUUUGGCUCCGUGAGAGACGAUGGCAGGUUUCAGGUUGAGGACCACUGCUUUGCUGAUUUGGCUCCACAGAAGCCUGUACCCCCACUUGACACAGACAGGUUUGUGUUGCUGGUAUCCGGGCUGGGCCUGGGCGGAGGUGGCGGUGAGAGCCUCCUGGGCACCCAGCUGCUGGUGGAUGUGGUGACAGGACAGCUUGGGGACGAAGGAGAACAGUGUAGUGCUGCCCAUGUCUCUCGAGUCAUCCUUGCAGGCAACCUCCUCAGCCACAAUACCCAGAGCAGAGAUUCUAUCAACAAGGCCAAGUACCUCACCAAGAAAACCCAGGCAGCCAGCGUGGAAGCAGUCAAAAUGCUGGAUGAGAUCCUGCUGCAAUUGAGUGCCUCAGUACCUGUGGAUGUGAUGCCAGGUGAAUUUGAUCCAACCAACUAUACACUCCCACAGCAGCCACUGCACCCCUGCAUGUUCCCACUGGCCACUGCCUAUUCCACACUGCAGCUGGUCACCAACCCGUACCAAGCCACCAUCGAUGGAGUAAGAUUCCUGGGGACGUCUGGACAGAACGUGAGUGACAUCUUCCGGUACAGCAGCAUGGAAGACCACUUAGAGAUCCUAGAGUGGACCCUGCGGGUCCGUCACAUCAGCCCCACGGCUCCAGACACCCUAGGGUGUUACCCCUUCUACAAAACCGACCCGUUCAUCUUUCCGGAGUGCCCCCAUGUCUACUUCUGUGGCAACACCCCCAGCUUUGGCUCCAAAAUCAUCCGAGGUCCUGAGGACCAGGUGGUACUGUUGGUGGCCGUUCCUGACUUUAGUUCCACACAGACUGCCUGCCUGGUGAACCUGCGCAGCCUGGCCUGCCAGCCUAUCAGCUUUUCAGGCUUUGGAGCAGAACAUGACGACCUGGGAGACCUGGGGCUGGGUCCCUGAUGACAGGCAGCUGGGCCAUUCACCUUUGCCAUGUGAGCCCCUGUAAAUAAAACAUGAUUUUUUUAUAGGUCUGAA